AUGUAUGACAACAUCUCUGAUUUCACAAGAUAUGAUGACGACCAUGACCCCGAACACGGUGAAGAAGAAGUUUUACAAACAUCCAUUAAGACAGGAAAGGUUUUAACUCAAAGUCUCAUUAUUGACACCAAAGAUGGCGAAGUGGACGUUCUUCAAGAGCUGAAGAAAAAUACUUCUUCGGGAGGUGGUGGUAGGCAUGAACUUGAAAUAAAUGAGAUAGAAGAGAAAUUAGCCGAAAAAGCAGAUAAAAACCAUGUUCAUUAUAUAAGUUCAGACGAACAAAUUAUAACGGACUACCACGGAUAUUUAACACGAACUGAAGAAGAAGUGAAGACGGAAGAUGUUAAUGAAAGAAGAUAUAAAUUCAUUCGUGCUAAAGGUUAUGACAUACACUGUACUGUACAGUAUGACACAGGUAAAGCACCAGAAGCAUUUGGUUAUAACGAUGAAAUUUAUGCUUCAUACUUCUCUGUUAACGAUAUAUUAGUUGAACCAAAAUUUACAUUGAGAGUUAAGGCAAAAAUAACUUUUGAAGAUGCUAUUAAAAGUAAAGCUGACAAAGAUGAACUUGACGCAACGAACAAAGUUUUGAAAUCUCAUAAACACAAUAUCUCCGAUAUAAAUGAACUUCAAGCUAAAUUAAAUAGUAAAGCUGACAAGAACCAUACACAUGAAUCCUUCACUACUGUUAGAGCAGACGACAUAAUAUUGAACUAUACCCUUGGUUCAAGUGCACCUUUAGAGAAUCCAAGUACAAGCGUAAAAGAUACACUACACUCCUUAAAUAGUAAAUGUAUGAACAUUGAAGGUCAUGCCAGAAACUUUGAAACAUAUAAACUACCAGCAAUGUUAGAUAAGAAAGCAGAUAAAGAACAUACACAUAACUCCUUCUCAACUGUUGCUAUAGAAAGUAUUGAAGGAACGGUUGGCGGAACUGGUGGGGAUGCAUUAUAUUAUAAACCUCCUAACUUUCCACAAGGUUUAACAUCGAAUGAAAAAUAA